CUUCCAUGUCAUUUAUGAGUUUGGGGCCCAAAAACACGAAAAAAAUUUAAUUUUCAGAAGAAUAAAAAACAAACGACUCAUUACAAAAAUAAUAACUUAAAUAAAGAAAAGAAACCAAAACAUGAAGAAACAACAAAAUAAAUGAAAAGAAAAAAAAUAAGCAUGAAAGGUCUAAUUCGUGAGUCUAAAGGGAAAUUCCUUGACCACCCCCCCCCCCCCCCUUCCGGACUUGAUGCAUAACAUAACCAACCCUGUUGAACCGGGCGUUCCAUAAAAGUAAUUCAAUUGAAAUAAAUACACUGUAGCAAUAAUCUAUAUACUUAAAGUUUGUAUCUGUUUUAUACUGUCUAUAUGCAUUCUGCGUUCCUUUCUAGUUUCUACCUCAGUAAGUUCGACUAAAAUAAUAAUAAAUAAUAAUAAUAAUAAAAUAUUAAUUGAUAUCUUUACAGAAGAGAAACAAAUGCAGAUGUAUCAAAUCUGAAUCAUCUGUAUUUUUUUUUUUUUUUGCUUGUGCUGAUUUAUAUUUAUCUACAUAUUUAUACUGGUAUUUUAAUUUAUCCUUUUAGUGUAAAUGAUGGAUAUUGAAGAACAACUUGACGAAGAGGCUGCUGAUUUUUUUCAAGAGUACAUUCCACGAUCUCCAACUCCUUCACUGGCAAUAAACACGAAUGACUCAGACAGUGAUGAAAACGAUGCUGAAGUGGAUGAGGCGAAUAUCAGGAACAGAGUAACUGAAUUUUUUGCCGAGCCAUCUGUCCCAUCAAUGCUAAGUCAGAAUGAUGAAUCAGAUGUGGAUCAUGAGAGGGUAUAUGUAGACAAAUUAUUUGAAAGUGAAUGUGGCUGCGUUAAGAACUGUUUUCGACAUAUAUUUUCUUACAAAGAGCAUGCAUAUCAGCUUCUGUUAAGACUACACGAGUUCACUAAAAGUGAAAGGGACAUAUAUAUCCUGUCUAAACUCGAAGAUCAACUGGUUCAAACGGACGGAUCUGUCGGCUCCAAAGGAAGCAAACGUGAACGUCAACGGUUCAGUUACAGCUUUCAAGGAGUAGAAAUUUGUGAAUGCGCUUGGCGAUCUAUUUUCGAAAUUGGACGCGCGGAGUAUAAAAGUUUGAAGAAACAUUUCAAAGAUAACGGCACCAUCCCACGAGUUCAUGGAUUGACUGGCAAGAAGUCAAACCAUGGUUAUCCAUUUUAUGUGAUUGAAGCAGCAGUCCUGUUUAUCAAGAGAUACGCAGACCAAUAUGGAUUGCCAUUACCUGCUGCCCCACGAGCACGCGAUGACACACCACCUGUGCUCCUGCCUUGUAAUGAGAGCAAAGCAACGGUUCAUGCGAAGUACAAAGAUGCAUGUCUUGAAUCUAGUAGCCCGUCCGUCAAGCUAACCACAUUCAAAGAGGCAUGGAAUUCAUGUGUGCCUUAUAAACAGUUCAUGAAACCCAAAACAGACUUGUGCAAGACAUGCCAUGAUCUCCGCGAAGACAUAACGGGGGCAUAUGACGAGGAGACAAAGUUAAAACUUACAAAGCGACUGACUGAUCAUCUUGAUCAAGCUAAACAAGAGAGAGAAUUCUACAAAGAAUGUACUGCUAAUGCAAGAGAGGAGCUAAAGGAUGCCGAGAAGCCCCAUGGGAAAUAUCUGCAGUCAUGUUCUGUACCUUACGAGAAUGUACAUUAUACAUUCGAUUUUUCGCAGUAUGUGACCAUCCCCCAUUCUUCACAACAAGUCGGACCACUGUUUUUUCUACAGCCCAGAAAGGUUCAGAUCUUUGGAGUAUGUGAUGAAAACUUCCCUCUCCAAACCAACUAUCUCAUAGAUGAAAAUGAAACUAUUGGUGAAAAUGGAAGUAAAACUCAUGGUCCUAAUGCUGUAUUGAGCAUUUUGCAUCAUUACUUCGAUGCAAACAGCUACGGCGAAGUAGUCUGCCAUCUCCACGCUGAUAAUUGCAUCGGACAAAACAAAAAUAAAACAACUUUACACUACCUUGCUUGGCGAUGCUUAAGCGGACUCCACAGAAAAAUCUAUUUAUACUUUAUGAUUACUGGUCAUACAAAGUGCUUAUGUGACUCAUGCUUUGGCAUGCUCAAGAAGUAUUAUCGAAGAGCAGAAGUAAACAGCAUUGGGCAAUUGGAACAAGUUGUAGAAAAAUCUGCAAAAAGCAAUACGACAGCCAGAUGUGGAGACUUCCAGUGGUUCAGAUGGGACGCCUUCUUCAGUACGUACUGUAAACCGGUAAAAGGGAUCGGGAAAUACCACCAUUUCAUGUUCACCAAUGAGGAACCAGGCGUAGUGUAUGCAAGGCAAACGCUUGAUUCGUCUGAAGUCAAAAUUCAGCUUUUGAAAGAAAAGGUUGACAUAGAUAAACUACGCAAGGAAUUUCCAUACGUUAUUUUGCCUGGAGGGCUUUCAAACGACAGAGUGCGCUAUCUCUUUCGUGAGAUUAGGCCUUACGUUAAAGCGCCCUACAAAGAUGCAACGUGCCCUGCACCUGACGAAGAGUAAAUGACAAUGACAUGGUUGCUUGUGGUAUUAUUAAUUGUUAAAUUGUUGUUUAAAUUAUUAAUAACAGGCAGAAUUGUAAUUGGAAAGUUUUGUGACGUCACAAUUGAUUUAAAAUAUUCUUAUGUGCUAUUUUGUUAGCUUUUAAAACAUAUCAUUUUCAAUCUGCAAUAUUUCUGUUGUUUAUAGAGAUAUUUUGAUUUGGUUUUCGAUUUUUAUCGUAGUUUUGUAUGCUCUAUCUAAAUGCACAAAAAUCUCAAAUUCGAUAAAUUUUGCCAUAAGGUCGAUUUCUAUCCGUCGAGGCUCAUGUA